AACUGCAACUGGCUACGUUCCUCCUCGAAUAAAAGAGGCAACUGGAAGGAGGACGACCAGGUCCGCUCAAAGAUUCCGCGGGUUUCUCUCCCUCCCUUCCUGUGUUAGUAGCAUCAGAGAAACUAGACUUAACCCCGAGCAAUUUGGCCAUCUCCAGUAGCCGCUUCCAUACACCACCAGAGAAACAGUUCCUUUGUGUUGUGGGAUUUUUUUCCGCUAAAAUUUGCGUGCGCUCUGUGCGCGGCUUUAAAGCAUCGGAGAAAACUUCCCCCUUCUUAGCACAGCCCUUCUGCACGCACGCAUCGAUUGGAAUGGGGGCCCUGGAGAUCCUUGGAUUGUGCCUGGUUCUCUCCAUUGGCAACACCAUGGCUAAAGCUAGUCAAGAUAUUGAUGAAUGUGUUGAUGGGACUGACAACUGCCAUAUUGAUGCCAUCUGCCAGAACACUCCCAAAUCAUACAAAUGCAUCUGCAAAUCUGGUUACACUGGGGAUGGGAAGCACUGCAAAGAUGUUGAUGAAUGUGAACGUGAUGACAAUGCUGGCUGUGUUCAUGAAUGUGUCAAUAUCCCAGGGAAUUAUCGAUGUACCUGCUAUGAUGGCUUUCAUCUUGCACAUGAUGGUCAUAACUGUCUCGAUGUGGAUGAGUGUGCAGAGGGGAACGGUGGCUGCCAACAGACCUGUGUCAACAUGAUGGGAAGCUAUGAGUGCCACUGCCGUGAUGGCUUUUUCCUGAGUGAUAAUCAGCACACCUGCAUCCAGCGCCCUGAAGAAGGAAUGAACUGCAUGAACAAGAAUCAUGGUUGUGCACACAUCUGUCGUGAGACCCCCAAAGGUGGCAUUGCCUGUGAAUGUCGACCUGGCUUUGAGCUCACUAAGAAUCAACGAGACUGCAAAUUGACCUGCAACUAUGGUAAUGGAGGUUGUCAGCACACUUGUGAUGAUACAGAUCAAGGGCCAAAGUGUGGUUGCCAUGUGAGGUUCGUGCUGCACUCUGAUGGGAAAACAUGCAUAGGGGAGAGGCACCUCCAGCAGCACGUUACCCCCCAGACGUUUUCUAAUGAGACCUGUGCUGUUAACAAUGGAGGCUGUGACAGCAAAUGCCAUGAUGCAGCCACAGGAGUACAUUGCAGCUGCCCCAUGGGAUUCAUGCUUCAGCCUGACAGAAAAACUUGCAAAGAUAUAGAUGAAUGUAGACUGAACAAUGGUGGCUGCGACCACAUCUGCAGGAACACAGUGGGCAGUUUUGAAUGCAGUUGUAAAAAAGGAUAUAAAUUGCUUAUCAAUGAAAGGACGUGCCAAGAUAUUGACGAAUGCUCCUUUGAUAGAACUUGUGACCACAUCUGUGUAAAUACACCAGGGAGUUUCCAGUGCCUGUGUCACAAAGGCUACAUGCUGUAUGGACUCACCCACUGUGGAGAUGUUGAUGAAUGUAGCAUCAACCGAGGAGGCUGCAAGUUUGGAUGUGUAAAUACCCCAGGUAGCUACGAAUGUACCUGCCCUGCAGGUUGCAAACUUCAUUGGAAUAAAAAAGACUGCAUAGAGCUGGUGAUUUGUUUGGCCGGCACAGUAUCUCCACGAGCCAUACUUACCUGCAACAAGAAUGGCAAGAAGGACAGCUGCUCCCUCACCUGUGCCUCCAAGGCUCGCUUUCUGCCAGAGUCUGACAACAGCUACACUGUGAGCUGCGGGACACCAGUUCUGCAGCAGGGGCCACCCCCAAGGUCCAGCAAUGGUAGCCAUCCCUGCAUUGAGGCUGUUGCUGCUCCAAUCAAACAAAAGGCUUCCUUCAAAAUCAAAGAUGCUAAAUGCCACCUCCAUCCAACCAUGAAAGGCAAGCAGGAUGAUACGGGCAGGAAUGGUGGACUAGGCGGGUCAGCCCCUUGCUCAGAUUGCCAAGUGUCUUUUGUGAACCUAAAGUGCGAUUCAUCAAAGAAAGGCAAAGGACGUCGGGCUCGCAACUCUCCCAACAAAGAAGUGACUCGCAUCACCCUGGAGUUUGAAGCUGAAAUCAAACCUGAAGAGAUCACAGCCAGCUGCAAUCUGAACUGUGUACGGCAAAAGGUUGAGAAAAAACUGAAGUUAGCUAUCAAAGCCUUGAAGAAAUCUAUAAACCAGGAGCGAUUCCUCAUCCGUGUCUCAGGGAUGGAAUACGAGGUGGCCCGGAAGCUGAUCUUGUCUCCUGAGAGGCAGGAGAGUUGUGGGCCAGGACAGCAGAGGCUGGAAUCCAAGUGUGUUAGCUGCCUGCAAGGAACAUACUACCAUGGCCAGAUGGAGCAGUGUGUCCCUUGCCCUCCAGGGACCUAUCAGGAGAAAGAAGGCCAGCUCUCCUGUGACCUUUGCCCUGGGAGUGAUGCUUAUGGGCCUGCUGGAGCAACAAAUAUAAGCGCUUGCGCAGGUCAGUGCCCUCCUGGACAGUACUCUGAAAAUGGCUUUAAGCCCUGCCAAUUGUGUGUGCGUGGCACCUACCAGCCUGAAGCUGGCCGAGCAUUAUGUUUCCAUUGUGGUGGAGGGUUGAAUACCAAGCAUGAUGGAGCUUUUUCCUUCCAGGAUUGUGAUACUAAAGUUCAGUGCUCUCCAGGCCAUUACUACAACACCAGUGUCCAUCGCUGCAUUCGUUGUGUUAUAGGCACCUAUCAGCCAGACUUCCGUCAAAACUAUUGUAUCGCAUGCCCUGGGAACACCACAACAGACUUCGACGGCUCGACUUCCGUAUCACAGUGCAAAAACCGUCAGUGUGGGGGGGAACUGGGGGAGUACACUGGCUAUAUUGAGUCUCCCAAUUACCCUGGAAACUACCCUGCAAAUGUGGAAUGCACUUGGAACAUCAACCCACCUCCAAAGCGCAAGAUUUUGAUUGUGGUGCCUGAAAUCUUCCUGCCAUCUGAGGACGAAUGUGGGGAUGUCCUGGUCAUGCGGAAAAACUCAUCUCCCUCCUCCAUCACAACCUAUGAGACCUGCCAGACUUAUGAGAGGCCUAUAGCUUUCACUGCAAGAUCCCGAAAAUUAUGGAUCAACUUUAAAACUAGUGAAGCUAACAGCGCCAGAGGCUUCCAAAUCCCUUAUGUCACAUAUGAUGAGGAUUAUGAACAGCUGGUAGAGGACAUUGUCCGAGAUGGCAGACUCUAUGCAUCUGAAAAUCAUCAGGAAAUAUUGAAGGACAAGAAGUUAAUCAAGGCUUUCUUUGAUGUGUUAGCUCAUCCACAAAACUACUUUAAAUACACAGAGAAACAUAAGGAAAUGCUUCCACGGUCUUUCAUCAAACUCCUCCGCUCCAAAGUUUCAAGUUUUCUUAGACCUUACAAAUAGCCUCAUAUCUUCACCAACUUUCCAGGUUUCUCGACUGCCAAGAAAACUCUCUUUCUUAUGCUUAUUGUUAUUUUUCAGUGAUUUUUUUCUACAAAUAGAAACCUGCCAUCCUUCACUAUGCAGAUGCAUCUAACCACUGGUCAUUCCUUGGCUUUUCUUCAAAUCAAAUUUACUGAUGAUUUGACCAUGGAAGGAACAGCUGACCACAAGGAACUAAAUCCCAUCCCUUGUGUUUCCAUACUGAAAUCUCAGCCUGUCGAGACCACAUAUCCCAGUAAGUGACACACUCUUCACAAGAGGCCUCUACUGGGACCUGUAUCUCCCAGUCAGUUCAGCUUUCUCACAUAUAUGCAAAUUAUGUGUGGCCCCUUGUGCUGCCGGGCAGCUGCCAAAGAAGCUGUUUGGGUACAUUUCUCUGCAUGACUGUUUGCUUCUGAAGAGAAGUACUUCUGCUAUCAUACCAUGCCUCUGCUUCUGGCACACCAAUGAAAUGGGGAGACUGAGCAACUGCUAAGCAAUGGAAUUGGUCCAGCUGAACACUUUUUUAAAGAACUGAGAGCAGUGGACACCUGGAAUGCGGAAGGUUCUGCCUUAUUUAUCAGACUGUUGUGUUUUUAAUUGAAAAAUAAAUCAGUCUUGCAGAGAGGAUCAAACAAGAUACAUUGGGGGGAUACAGUGGAUGUAGAUCAUACAGAAUGAAAAGAUGUAUCACAGAAAUGUGAAUGGAAAUUGCCCUUGUUGGGGAUGACAAGUGUGGUGACUAGAAGAGCAUCAUUUCGUGAUGGAGUUUGAUGUUGAAGAAAGCCUAGCCUGCCACCUUCUCAUACAGAAAAAUGUCUAGAAAAGGGGAGGGGGAGCAGAAGUUGGUGAAAAGUGAGAUUUUCUUACAUGAUUUCUCCCCACAGACACUUGUGCUGAGAGAUCAGAUUUCUUGUAAGCUCUGCCAAAGAGUAACUCAGUGAUAAGAAAGCAAGGGGUGUUGUGAAGGGCAGGAGUAAGUGAAUGUUUGUGCACUAGGAUGCUCUCCUUUCUACCUUUUCCAUAUUAUUAAGUGCAAUCAUUUUGAGUUGUCUUUAUAUUAUUUAGAGGAGUUUUUUUUCUACUAGAAACUACAAUAUUUAUACCUGCCUGAGGAAAGAGAAUGUGUGUGUGCAUAUGUAAGAAACAGAAAAGAAUCCAAACAUGGAAUUGGGAGAAUGAUGACUAAAUGUGACUACAUUUUCAGCUCUUGGAAUUUUAUUUUCCUCACUACAGUA